GGCUGAGCCGGAAGAGGAGGAGCUGGUUCCGGAGGAUCCGCGAGAGUCGCUGCCGCUGCGGGUGUUUGCGGGUCUCGGGGAGCCGGGCGUGGCGGGCGGGGAGUGUCGCGAUGCCCGAACUGGCGGUGCAGAAAGUGGUGGUCCACCCCCUGGUGCUGCUCAGUGUGGUGGAUCAUUUCAAUCGCAUAGGCAAGGUUGGAAACCAGAAGCGUGUUGUUGGUGUGCUUUUGGGGUCAUGGCAAAAGAAAGUACUUGAUGUAUCCAACAGUUUUGCAGUCCCUUUUGAUGAAGAUGACAAAGAUGAUUCUGUCUGGUUUUUGGACCAUGAUUAUUUGGAAAACAUGUAUGGAAUGUUUAAGAAGGUCAAUGCCAGAGAAAGAAUAGUUGGGUGGUACCACACAGGCCCUAAACUACACAAGAAUGACAUUGCCAUCAAUGAACUCAUGAAAAGAUACUGCCCCAAUUCAGUAUUGGUCAUUAUUGACGUGAAGCCAAAGGACCUGGGGUUACCCACAGAAGCAUACAUUUCAGUGGAAGAAGUUCAUGAUGAUGGAACUCCAACCUCGAAAACAUUUGAGCAUGUGACCAGUGAAAUUGGAGCCGAGGAAGCUGAGGAAGUCGGAGUCGAACACUUGUUACGAGACAUCAAAGACACUACAGUGGGCACUCUUUCCCAGCGGAUCACAAACCAGGUCCAUGGUUUGAAAGGACUGAACUCCAAGCUCCUGGACAUCAGGAGCUACCUGGAGAAAGUGGCCACAGGCAAGCUGCCCAUCAACCACCAGAUCAUCUACCAGCUGCAGGAUGUCUUCAACCUGCUGCCAGAUGUCAGCCUGCAGGAGUUUGUCAAGGCCUUUUACCUGAAGACCAACGACCAGAUGGUGGUGGUGUAUUUGGCCUCGCUGAUCAGGUCUGUGGUCGCGCUACACAACCUCAUCAACAACAAGAUUGCCAACCGGGAUGCAGAAAAGAAAGAAGGGCAGGAAAAAGAAGAGAGCAAAAAGGAUAGGAAAGAUGACAAAGAGAAAGAGAAGGAAAAGAGUGAUGUAAAGAAAGAAGAGAAAAAAGAGAAAAAAUAAAACAUGUAGCCUUUUAAUUUGUAAAUUAAAAUCUUAUAAACUAACUCAAUGUGCUGACAAGAGGGUUCUUUUCCCUUCAAGUGCUGUUAAACAGCUGUGUUGAGGAGUGCUCACUGUCUCGGCUCUCUUGCUGUGGCAUGACAUGGAAGUGAAGAAUGGAGGGACCCAUGGACCUAGCAGCUGGGGAUAUGAUAGCUCAGGCUUCAGAUUGUGGGAGAAUGGUAAAGUAGACAUAACAUUUUUGGUACUCUUCAUUCACUAAUUGAUAAAACCAAGAGUUGAAUUUCCCCCAUCACUGACAACUCUUAGGUUUCUGGCAGUUUGUAAGGUUCAGUGGAGUGCAUGAGUUCUAACUCUCCUGAACUCUGUUGACAACACCACUCCCUGGGACUUUGGGAACCCAUAAUUCUGGGCAUUCUCAGGACGUGGGUUCCACCUCCCUUUGUUGUUUACCUUCAAAGACACAAUUAAAUGGCUUGGUUUUUAA